GGCGGGGGUCAUCCCGAGAACCAUCGGGCACAUCCAGCCGGCUAGCAUCCAGGCCGGAGGCCGCCUGCGUCACGUGACUCAAGGCUCUGCAGGCGCCCGCGGUUCCUCAGCGCUGUUCCCGCCCCGCCCCUCCCGUCUGUCCGCCUGAGCCUCCCCCGGCGCUGCUGCCACCUCGCGCUCGGAGGCGUCACGGAACGUGCUCUCCUCUCCCCCUCCCCCUCCCUUCCCUCCGGCCCUCCCCCACCUCCCCCUCCCGCGCCGAGACUCGCCGCCGCAGCCGCCGGAGUAGCCGCCGCCGGAGCAGCGCGCAGCCAUGGCCGAGAACCCCGGCUUAGAGAACCACCGCAUCAAGAGCUUUAAGAAUAAGGGCCGAGAUGUAGAGACAAUGCGAAGACACAGAAAUGAAGUGACAGUUGAACUGCGAAAGAACAAAAGAGAUGAACACUUACUGAAAAAAAGAAAUGUUCCCCAAGAAGAAAGUUUAGAAGAUUCAGAUGUUGAUGCUGAUUUUAAAGCACAAAAUGUAACACUAGAAGCUAUAUUGCAGAAUGCCACAAGUGAUAACCCAGUGGUCCAGUUGAGUGCUGUCCAGGCUGCAAGAAAACUAUUAUCCAGUGACAGAAAUCCACCAAUUGAUGACCUAAUAAAAUCUGGAAUUUUACCAAUUCUAGUGAAAUGUCUAGAAAGGGAUGAUAAUCCUUCAUUACAGUUUGAAGCUGCGUGGGCAUUAACCAAUAUAGCAUCAGGAACUUCUGCACAGACUCAAGCUGUUGUACAGUCUAAUGCCGUACCUCUUUUUCUAAGACUUCUCCAUUCACCACAUCAGAAUGUUUGUGAACAAGCAGUAUGGGCUUUGGGAAACAUUAUAGGUGAUGGUCCUCAAUGUAGAGAUUAUGUCAUAUCACUGGGAGUUGUCAAACCUCUUCUGUCCUUCAUCAAUCCCUCCAUUCCCAUCACCUUCCUUCGGAACGUCACAUGGGUCAUUGUCAAUCUCUGCAGGAAUAAGGAUCCCCCACCGCCUAUGGAGACAGUUCAGGAGAUUUUGCCAGCAUUAUGUGUCCUCAUAUACCAUACGGACAUAAACAUUCUUGUGGAUACUGUUUGGGCACUGUCAUACCUGACAGAUGGAGGUAAUGAGCAGAUACAGAUGGUUAUUGAUUCAGGGGUUGUGCCAUUUCUUGUGCCCCUUCUGAGCCACCAGGAAGUGAAAGUUCAAACAGCAGCACUCAGAGCGGUUGGCAACAUAGUGACAGGUACCGACGAGCAGACCCAGGUUGUUCUCAACUGUGAUGUCCUGUCACACUUCCCAAAUCUCUUAUCACACCCAAAAGAGAAGAUAAAUAAGGAAGCAGUGUGGUUCCUUUCCAACAUUACAGCAGGCAACCAGCAACAAGUUCAAGCUGUAAUAGAUGCUGGAUUGAUCCCUAUGAUUAUUCAUCAACUUGCCAAGGGGGACUUUGGAACACAAAAAGAAGCUGCUUGGGCAAUUAGCAACUUAACGAUAAGUGGCAGAAAAGAUCAAGUUGAGUACCUUGUACAGCAGAAUGUAAUACCACCAUUCUGUAAUUUACUGUCAGUAAAAGAUUCUCAAGUUGUUCAGGUGGUUCUAGAUGGUCUGAAAAACAUUCUGAUAAUGGCUGGUGAUGAAGCAAGCACAAUAGCUGAAAUAAUAGAAGAAUGCGGAGGUUUGGAGAAAAUUGAAGUUUUACAGCAGCAUGAAAAUGAAGACAUAUAUAAAUUAGCAUUUGAAAUCAUAGAUCAGUAUUUCUCUGGUGAUGAUAUUGAUGAAGAUCCUAGCCUCAUUCCUGAAGCAACACAAGGAGGUACUUACAACUUUGACCCAACAGCCAACCUUCAAACAAAAGAAUUUAAUUUUUAAGUUCAAUUGAGUGCAGCAUCUUUCCCACAUUCAAUAUGAAGCACCACCAGAUGGCUACCAAAUGACAAGAACAACAAGUACAAAAGGCUCCAAAACAUACAUGCCUCUUUGUUUUGAUGCUUCUAAAGCAAGCCAUGUCUCAGUCACUUUGCAGUUGCCAAAAGUCACUAUCCACAUGGACUGUAAAUGCAUAUGCAUGAUUUCCUAAACUGUUUUAGAAUUCUCCUUAACAAUCUCAACUACCCUAUUUUUCCCUGUUCCCUGGUGCCACACGCUGACAACCGCAGUCUCCAGUUUAGAAUAUUCUGUAGUGGUGGCAUGUCAGCUGCCCACUUGAUAUUCCUUUGGAAAAUGGUGCGCUAUGGAUCAAGACACUUUGGUAUGACACAUACACAUGUUGGAAGACUUUAAAGAGGUGCAGUCUGAUCUGAGCCUCCAUCAUUGUCCUCCACAAACAUAUUUUCAUACUCUUUAUGUGGAAGAAUAGAUUUUAAAGUACAAGCCAAAUGAUUUUCAUUGGUGGAACUGACACAAACAAAAAGUAACUUAAAAAAAAGAAACUUGGUUAUUGAUUAAACAGAUAAGUUUUAAAAAACUGUACUUCAUCUACCAGUAAUUGAUGUGUUUAUUAUCUGCCUCAGAAGCCAGGGUUGGAGGAAGAACUUUAGCUAUGGAUGGUAAUGCUUUCGCCAUUAUACCUAAUUUUUGAGAACAGCAAGCCCUAUUUGACCACUCACUUCAGCCUGUGUGUUCCUGCUGUUUUGAAGUAAUCAAAUGCUGUGCAUGGUAUUUUACCUGAGCUGCAACCUGUUACGGACUUGAACUUCUGUUUAAGUUGAAAGCAAGAGUCCCUGACUAUAAAGAAAAAAAUAAAUAAAAACAAAAACACAAAAUUCUAAAGUACCCAUUGGUGAUAUUAAAAAAGAAAA